UGUGGGGGGUGCAGCCCUCCUCAUUACUUUGGGCAUGAACUGCCUAUAAAGAUGCUCUGUCUCUUGGAGCCGCUUCCCAGCUAUCGGCCAGCAAGGGCUAUGAGCCCAAACAGAAGGCACUUUGUGCUGACUGCCAACAUAUCCGGCGCUCGCUGCUUUCACAGCCUGGCAGGCCUCUUAUAGUCUCUCCAGCUCCCCUGAGACUUCAGUGUCCUGACUAGCACGGAAGGCAGUCGCUGCCAGGCCCAGGUGGGCAGAACUUGUGCUCCCCCAGGAAUGUGUGGCCAAAGAACAACCAGGGGAAGUAUUUGCUGAUAUUUCCAUCUUUCCUUCUGAUGAAGCAGGGUGCAUCAUUUCCCCACUUCAACCCUCAUUUCACUUCCUCCCUCCCCACUUUCUCUGCCUAGUUGUCCUCUGUGAGUUGUAAGAACUAUAUAUCAAGCUCCAUAUAGGACUGAGGCCUGCCUGGAGGAUCUGUUCUUAGUGCAAUGCAAUUGUUGUCAUUGUUUUUGUUAGCAAUUUGCAGUGAUAUGAGCGCUGCAACCUCAGAGUCGUCCGUGACUGGACCUAAUGGUCAGGGGUACCUUUACCGUUCCUGAAGAGUGUGAAAAUGUGUCUUCCCACACAAGCGCUUGGAUCCCAAUAUAUUGCAACUGGGGUGAGGGGUUGAAGUACAUCUGACCUACAGAUAUUGGAGAAUUUAUUCUAUUAAGAGGUCUUAAGGACAGGCUGGAUAACCCAUCAUCCUUUGGUGCCCGGGGUGGGGGGCAUUGAGUUCUGAUCAUGCAUCUGUUUUGGAGCCUUCCCUCCAGUCCUGUAAUUCUCUGCGUCUCAGAAUUCUGAGGAGCUCAUUCAAGGGCUCUCUGCUUGCGUGCUUGAGGGUUAUAUAAGUAAAGAGGAGACUCUCCCCUAAAGUCUUGCACCAGUAUAGAAGACAUGAAGGGAUAGGACACACAUCUGCCUUGUUGCUUGUGCAUUAUGUUUUGUUGGCAUUCUGUGCUGUGAGAUGUAAGAUGUGACUCAAAAAGAGAUGUAACCGCUUAUGGCAAAGAGUGACUCAUCACUUCAGUGGUACAGCAUCUGCAUUGCUUGCAGAAGGUCCCAGUUUCAAUCCCUGGCAUCUCUAGGUAGGGCUGGGAGAGACCCUCACCUGAAACACUGGAGAGCCACUGCCAGUCAAUUGUACAGUAGGCAAUACUGAGAUAGAGGGACCAAUUUGCCCGACUUGGCAUAAAACAGCCUCUUCUUGUGUUCUUGAGAUUCCUACAUAAUCUCAGAGCAACUGAACCAGCAACUGUGUCUUCAUGCAUAGGGAGAACUCACACUGGGUGAACUUCUCAUUCAGCUUUUAAAGGAUAGGGUUAGGGACUGGCAUCAGCAAUCCUCCUUUAUAUGAGUACAGUACUGGAUUAUUUCAGGAAGGCAAAAUUAAAUGCAGCACCUUGUUUGAACCUGCAGUACUAGGGAAAACACUUCACAAGAAUGCAUUGGACCCUCCGUUACGGUUUUCUCAAAUUUUGUACGAAGAAGCUAAUUGUGCCAUUUCUCCAUCAAUAAGGAGGACCUCUAAUUAUUGGGGCAAGUGUGUGCGUGCCCUGUGUUUGGAUUGCCUGUAGAGAUAGGAUUUCCUUCCUAAUCACUGCCAUUUUCUUAUUCACUUGCUGCUGCCAGUAUUCUGCAUCCUCUUGCAAUAAGUUGAGCCCACAGGCUUCUGGCAACACGUUUUUUGUCCUCCUGUCUCCUCCGCCAUCACCUUUCCUAGACACUGCAUCCCUCUCUCCUUCCUUUGCGCUUCAGGCACAGGAGUUGGAGAUGCUGCCAGGACAUCAGGCCAAGUGCUUUUGUCAGUUUUGGUUCAGUUGUGACUGUGAACUCCCAAGGGCUGAGGCUUACUGUGCUCACAAGGAGGGAUUUCAGGAGCUCAAGUCUGUUUAGCAUCUAAAAGGAAGGUUAAGAGGUAACUUGGUUACUGUGAAUAAGGAGAAAGCGCUAAUGGGCAUUGAUGAGGAAACUACAAUAACAGCACCAAAUGUGAAAUCUGCACAGGCUCCUCAUGAGGCACACAACUCUUAGCAGUGAGCGUGAAUUAAGCAUUGACACAGAUUGCAAGAGGAUGGCGUUGAGUUUCUGUUGAAUGCCUAUUGGACACAGGAUCCGCCUAGGCUUAUUGUCUGUAUCCAGCAUGCAGUGAGGUUAAGGAAUCCUACUAUGCUCCUCCCUAGAUGCAGCUGCAUGAUCACCACAUCUGACAGCUUCUGUGACUGCAGUGUCAUGUUCUUUCAACCCAUUCUUCCCGGCAAUUCCGGUCCCAAUUUCCUUUCACUCAGGCACACCAAAUGCCUGAGGUUCAUAUCUGUAUCAGAAUGAUUGCUUGGAAAGUGUGCGGCAGCCGAAAGCAGAGAAAGCGCGUGAGUUCCUGAAAAUGCCACACAGUGUUGAUGCGUAAAUAGGGAUGUGUGAGCAAUGAAAGGUCUGCUGGGGUCCCAACCUUUGUGGGGGGUCAUGAGACCUACCUGCGCUCAAAAUCCAUUGUCACCCAUGUCGAAGCUAGGAGUUAGGAGUGUGUCCAACUACCUGGAGAAAGUAAGUCUGUGUCUGUAUACCCAGCCAGCAGAGGCAUACCUAAGGGUGCCAGCAAAAAUCAGACUACGGAGUGUAUGGUGUAUAUAUAUUUGUGGUGAUGCAACACCACUGUUGCAGCAAGAUUGAGCAUGGCAGAAGCUUCCUGUCCUCCUCACACCGCAGCUCAAAGACAUGUGAAUUUUUCCUCCCUUCUUCCUCGCCUGACCCUUACUCCCGAUGCUUUGAGUAAUAGGGUCAAGUCAUAAGGGACUCCAGGUGUGCCUCGGGGUUUUUCUAACCCUGACUGUACUGUUGCAUAGGAACUGGGAGCAGAAAACGGGAUGCCCUGCAGAGAAUGGAGGGCUGUUUCUUGAAAAGCAAUGUGAAAGGGCAGUUCUCCCUUAUUGCAGUUCUCCCUUCUGCUAAAACUAGGGUGAACAAAAAGCACAAAAGUCGUUUCAUUUGCAUCAUUGGGGUGGGUAUGUGGACAUUUUAAGAGUCUAUGUCAGCCACAAACAAUCACAGCAGAGGCUGGCUUAUUUGUUACCUGUGGGCCAGCCAAACAUUUCCCAAGUCUGAUCUCUCCAGUGACGAGAGUAGAUUAGCAGUGCAAUCCUAUACACAUCUACUCAGAAUUAAGCCCCGCUGAGUUCAGUGGGACUUGCUCCCGGGUAAGUGUGUGUGUCGGAUUGCAGGCUAGAUCUUUGGCAGGAAUCCCCUUAACAUUAUACUGAUACUCUAUUCUGGUGUUCCGUCGUGUUUUGCUGCAUUUGCUCCCUUUCACUUUCAGCUCCUGGUUCUCUCAUCUCUUUAUCAGUUGAUCUUGUGCCCUGGAAAAAGUCAAAAGAAGGGAUGUGCGUGGGAACUCAAGCUUGUCACCCUACUGGAUUCUUAAGUACAAUGGAUUGAAUCACAAACUUGACACAACACUGCUAAGGAGACCACUACCCUGCGGAGAUUCCGUCUCGUCACUGUGUAGCCAGCUACUUGUCUGAAAGCUCACUGCCAGGGAAGAAGAGAAGGGGCUCACUUCAGAGGGCAAAGAUGAACUCCAUGGCUAUCCCCAUCCAAACGGAGAUGGUAGAGCUGGUACCGAAUGGGAAACACUCAUCUUUAAAUGCCUCCUCCAUCCCCUCCGUGGGGAAUGACAGAUUUGAUGACAACCAGCCAGAGAUGGAGGAGUUCCUUCCACACGGUGCUGAAAAGAAACAUACCCAUUUCACAGAUUUUGAAGGAAAGACCUCUUUUGGUAUGUCCGUCUUCAACCUCAGCAAUGCCAUCAUGGGCAGCGGGAUCCUCGGUCUGGCAUAUGCCAUGGCCAACACGGGUAUCCUCCUAUUUCUAUUCCUUUUGACUGCUGUAGCUCUGUUGUCCAGCUACUCUAUCCACUUGCUGCUCAAAUCCUCAGGGAUUGUCGGAAUCCGAGCCUAUGAACAGCUGGGCUACAGGGCUUUUGGAACUCCAGGGAAAUUGGCAGCUGCCGUUGCCAUCACACUUCAGAAUAUUGGAGCCAUGUCCAGCUACCUGUACAUUGUGAAGUCUGAAGUGCCUCUCGUCAUCCAGACUUUCCUCAACCUGGAGGAGAAAACAACGGACUGGUACAUGAAUGGGAACUAUCUAGUCAUCAUGGUCUCUGUCAGUAUCAUCCUCCCCCUGGCCCUCAUGAAACAACUGGGUUAUCUUGGUUAUGCCAGUGGUUUCUCCCUCAGCUGCAUGGUGUUCUUCCUUAUUUCGGUCAUAUACAAGAAGUUCAACAUUCCCUGUCCUCUUCCUGACCGGGUCAACGCCACCGCCAGCCUCAAUUACACACCAGUCAGCAUGAACAACAAUGAGGAUGGACAAGCAAUGGAAGACGGCAUCUGCUCUUCGAGCUUGUUCACCCUCAACUCUCAGACAGCCUAUACCAUCCCCAUCAUGGCAUUUGCUUUUGUGUGCCACCCUGAGGUCCUGCCUAUCUACACUGAGCUGAAAGACCCAACCAAGAAGAAGAUGCAGUGCAUAUCCAACAUCUCCAUCGCUGUUAUGUACAUCAUGUACUUCCUGGCUGCCCUUUUUGGCUACCUCACUUUCUAUGGCCAGGUAGAAUCAGAGCUGCUACAUACCUACAGCAGAGUAGAUCCGUUUGAUGUGCUGAUCCUGUGUGUGCGGGUGGCUGUGCUGAUAGCUGUGACACUGACGGUACCCAUUGUUCUCUUCCCGGUACGCCGGGCAAUUCAGCAGAUGCUGUUUCAAGACAAGGAAUUCAGCUGGAUUCGGCACACCAUAAUUGCUAUCAUACUGCUGACCUCUAUCAACUUGCUUGUCAUUUUUGCUCCUUCCAUCCUGGGCAUCUUUGGAGUGAUUGGUGCCACAUCGGCCCCCUGCCUGAUAUUCAUCUUCCCAGCAAUAUUCUACAUUCGGAUCAUGCCCAAGGACAAGGAGCCCACGAAAUCCCCUCCCAAGAUCCUGGCAGCCCUCUUUGCAUGCCUUGGUGUGCUCUUCAUGAUCAUGAGUCUCAGCUUCAUCAUCAUCGACUGGGCAUCAGGUGGCGGGAAGAGCGGAGGCAGUCACUAGACAAGGCCCGGACCCUCACAACUGUGGAUCGACGCCUUGGGAGACUCGGCCAGCUUUGAUACAUUUCCUGCUCCCCUACCUCUGCUAGUACUGUGCCGUAAUUUAGUCCACAGCUCCACUCCGAGCCAAGGGGGCGCUGUUCCGUUACUCAGUUCCUACACGUUGACCCCAUUGAGCCAGGGGGGCUGCUGCUGGCUAGACCAAGCCGGAAACCGGUUCCUAAACUUUUUGAGCAUUUGUUUUGAUCUCACUGUCUGGGAUGGGCCAGACCAACGGCGCCUGAGGAACAGGCAAAUGAAAUGAGGGAAAUAGGCCAAUCAGAGGGGUGGGAGGGUUGCUGUGGGAUUUCUGUCCUUAUAUGUCCAGUAUGUCUAGCCCAGCCUGAGGCAACUGGAGAGUCAAGGGCAGGAACAGGAGGAAAUUGGGGGAGGGGACUGUGGCUAAAGAGCCUGAGAGUAGAGCGUUGGCCUGAGUUCACCACUGACAAGGGAACUGGGGCCAGGCCUUCCUACAGAAUUACAAUACUGGGGCUACAAAUUGGAAGUAAAUGCUUUCAGACAGGGAGAGAGGGGCAGAAUGUUUCUGUUUGGUUUUUAAAGUCGUAAUAGCCAUAGCCCCCACCACCCACAGGGCUUUUGUCCCUCUCAGAAGUUGCUUCCUGAGCCCUUGUUCCUUAGUGGGGGGAGUGGGAGUUCUUCCCUCAGGCGUGGUCCUGUUCCCUCUGCUAGGGUGUGAGCCUUACGAUGAGCCUCAUGAUCAACGCUCCUCUCUCAGGGCAAGGGGGUGCUCAGGGCAGAGGCCACAGGGGCCUUGCUCUCUCCCAUCUUUGUGCAGCUAUCUGUUCCACACAAAACACAUGCAAACAAGUAUGACCUCAUCGCCAUCGCUAAGGCGGCCACAGGUCUUGGAACUGGCUGGGUGGCGUGUGGGAAGCGAUUUGGAGAUGUCGGCCUUUCUGAACUGUCGGUUGGGGUGGGGUGCAGGUUUACUCUGGCUUCCCUUAGCGCGUGCCUGAGCUUCGCUUAGGGAGGUGAAGCAGAGAGGGCUGGCAUUUUGGGCAACCGGUUAGCUGUGAGCAACAGAGCUCUUCCUCCUUCAUAUAAAGCUGAAGGUGGGAUGGGAGGCAAGCCUCUGUCAGCGAUAUCAAAUCCCUGUUUCUGUGUCCUCAUUCCAUUAGGUAACGGCAAGAAGUCAUCACAUUGGGUGGAAUUCAAUGUUGUGUGAUGAUAAACGUUCCGCCUGCUCAAAUACUUUUGGCUUGCGGGACGAAAUGAUCCCCUCUCUCCUCCCCGCACGUGCCGUUCCAGAGUUUCUCCCGAACCUCCCCUCCAGCCAGUUUCAGGGGGGCGAAUCCCGAUUGCACAAGUAGAAGUCCUUGCACAGGACUUCUGCAGAUGGGGCUCGCUAAGUGAAUCCCACCCAAUGUCUUUUAAGAUUGUGCAGCAUUGAGGCCUCUCUGAGGCUCCUGUGUCCUGAAAGGGUGCACCGCCUGAGGAAAUGGAAAUGGAUCUGUGGCCAGAUCUGUCCAUCCUAGAGACUGGUUCCCCCCCCCCCACUAACACAUCACAGUGGCCUCUCUUCCUAUCUGCCAGCAGUUGCUUGAACAUGUUGGGAAGUGUAGCCCUGCCACCAAGUUGGUCCGCCAGCCUAACUGGUCACUAGGACUUGAUUGCUGCUAAUUACGGUAGGCUAGGAGAAUUUGCAUUCAUUUGUUUUGUACAUACUGAUGUUGCUUUUCCUCCAAUUUGUAGCAGGCAUGAGAUUCCAAUGGAAUUGUAUUUAUAUAGCUGCUUUCCCGAAUUGGCAAGGAUUUGCCCUCCAUUGAGUCCCUGCUUUUCCUUCAGCGUAAUUUAUGUACGAUCAGAUAGGCAUUCAGUGUUCCCCCUGAACUAGGAGAUGAGGCCUUGUGUAAUAGCAGAUCGGGAGGAACAAAUGGACCUUCCUCAUCUUUACUCUCUGAUCUUGUCGUUGUUGUCAUGUUUUAUAUAUAUCUAGGAGAAAAUAUUCACCAUGGCUUCUUCCUAAAUCAGAGAUGGCCACCCAAAUAUGCACUUGUUUGAAAUGCUCUGAAAUCUUUCAUACCUCAUCCUACUGUAGUCAGCCUGGGCCUCACAAGCUCAGGAGAAGAAAAAGGAGGAAAAAAGCCGCUGAGAACAUAUCAAAAGCAGCAGAAGGCCACCUGAGAAGGCUGCCUGAGAAGGGAAACUCAAAAGAGUCCAGUAGUUGCCAACGGGAUAGUCAUUUUUCCCAUAGGGAGCUGCCUUAUACCAAGUCCUUCUAGCCUAGUGAAGCCUACUUACUCCCCAGAUGCAAGCCAGUGGCUCUCCUUGGGUUGUUGGACUCCAUCAGCCCCAGCCAGCAUGCCCAAUGGUCAAGUUUGGUGGGAGUUGUAGCCCUACAGCAUCAGGAAGAUCACAUGUUCCUUGUCCCUCUUUUGCUCUGCCUGCCCUCCAGGGUCUUCAGCAGAAAUAUUUCCUGUCACCUGGUCCUUUUAACUAGAGAUUGGAAGGGUUGCACUUGGCCAGGGGGGUUGAACUUGGUUCUUUCUGUAUGCCAAGCACAGGCUCAGUCAUUCAGUCACAGACAGGGGCCUUCAGCUGCCACCCAUGUGUAGGGGGAAAUGUCGGGUUGAUGGAGUCAGAGCAGUGAUCUUCAAGCUGCACCAGCUGCAGUGCUCUUUACCACCAAGGGAGAAUGGGUGUCUUAUUGACUUUGCUGAUGGUCACCUGUGAGAAAUGACCAGGUUGGAAAUAACAGCUCUAGGUCUAAGUUGGAAAGCUCUGGAACUGGGAGCAUUGCAUCUAAGCAAAAGCAAAUCCCUGUAUCUGACCCCCUGGUUCGGUCUUCUAGUGAGUAACACUUGUAGGUCUGCAUUUCAUGUAGGGUGGGAGACUUUUCAACCCACCUCUGCAUUUCUAUGGCUUUGGCAGCGGCUCAAAUUACGAAAAUUAGCAGAAAGCUUUUCAAAGCCUGGAAGUAUGAGUUGCUCAUUGUUUAGUAUCAAGCCCCUGUUAAAGGCUUGGGCUGUAAUCCUAACCCUCACUUACCUGGGAGUAAGCCCCAUUGAAUUCAUUAGGACAUGCUUAGAAAUGUGCUGUAAACUAUGGUGGCAGGUUGAAAAGUUGAAAACCACAUCUUCCCCCCCUGGAACACAGGAGACUUCUUUGCUGUGAAGGUUUGGCUGCUGGGCAAUAGCUUAGGAAAUAAAGGAGUACUUGGACCGGGGUGAUGAAUACGGGGCCCUUCAGAAGUGGCUGAACUACAACUCCCAUAAUCCCUGACUGUUGGCCAUUCUGACUGCCAGGGCUGAUGGGAGCUGGAGUCCAACAAGGAACAUUGGUUCCCCACCCCUGAAAUAUAAGAUUCAUGUGUAAUUUGGGGCAUGGAGUUCAUGGAGACCUGAAGAGGAGGUUGUGUGUGGAAUGAGUGACACAAGUCAAACGGUAGCAUGUAGGACUCAUAGCUGCCAAGUUCUACCUUUUUUUAAGGGAAAUUCCCUUAUGCUGAAUAGGCUUCCUCGCGAGAAAAGGGAAAACUUGGCAGCUAUGGUAGGACUUCAUGGAGCUGAGCUCAUACCAUGGAGCUGGUAAAAUUCAGCAUCUCUGAACUGCUCUCAUGCUCCUAUAGCUUGAAGUCUUCCAAGGGUAGGAGAAUUCAAUGGAGCAUUUCUUCCCAUUUAAUUAAUAUCUGGUGUGCAGCCCUCCCACUAGGGAAUGAAAUCUGAAAUAUGUAAUUGGUUCUUUCUUGAGAAGCACAGAAUCAUGGGUCUAGUUGUUUAAUAGCAAGACCCUUUGGUUGUACUAGGGCAGUAGUUUUCACAGAAGAAGCCCAAGAAGCUUCUGAGGAACUUUGGUGUCCCCACCAGCACUGAAUAACAUAUUUUCUUUCCAUUUAUAUCAUAAUUUAUUUCCAAUUGACCUUUCCCAAUUGUUAUUAUGCAGUGGGAAGCUGAUGACACUUGUAAAAAUUUCCCCGCUUCCCCCGGUAAUAUCGAGGAACCUUUCCCAGACCUUUCAGCAUUCAUCUGAUGAAAGUGGAUCCACUGAGUUGUGCAGGAAAGCGAAACAGCUUUUUCUUUGUAAAAGGGGGCGGGUGCUGAGUAAGUAAAAUGAACAAGCAUCUUCCUUAGGACCCUGUGACUGGCACACCACAACAAAAACAUUUGGAUACUUAAAGUGCACUUUCCCCUAUGAAUAACAUAAGCGUAUUUCUGGACUUGGAGGUAAUACAGUGGUACCUCAGUUGAAGUACUCAAUUGGUUCCGGGGAGCCAUUCGCUCCCCGAAAAGUACUUAAACUGAGUGCCAUUUCCGCGCGUGCAUGAAGCGCCGAUAGAGCGCUUCUGUGCAUGCGUGAACCGCACAGAUCGCUUCUGUGCAUGCACGCGCCGCGGAACCCGAAAGUAAACACUUCCGGGUCCGCAGAGUACUUGAACCGAAAGUACUCAAACCAGAGCGUUCUCAAACCGAGGUAUGGUUGUACCCCUGUAAACUCUUCAGUAUGUCAUGCAGCCAGCACCAAAUGCUGGUACUUUCAGUAUUUCAGAAGCUAUUGUGUAACAACAAAAUGACUCCAUAUUGGAGCAAAAAAAGGCAUUCUAAGAGCCAUCUUGAGUACAUUUUCAGAAUGCAUGUGCUCUUUUAAUAGGUAUGAAUUCAAUACUCACUAACAACUUUGAUUACACAAGUGCUAUAACUAUUAAAUAGGUACAGGUGGAGCCUGGCCUUCCAGCUAUUCAGCAUCCUGGCCAGGUGACUCUCCCUCCUAUCCAUCGUACGUCUGAUAAGAAGCAGAGUCAUCAGGUGAGCUGAUACGGUGAACCAGCAUAUAUUUCUGGAAAUAAAAUCUCACGCUGGAUCCCUGCUCUUACCAUCCCUAUGGUACUCACUUCUGCAUUCACAGAUGGGUGGCUUUGCUCUGCCCAUUCACAUGGCACUGUUGCCCAUGCACAGCAGCAUCCCGUGUAGGUUCUGCGCAGGAAAGGAAAAGCAGCAGGGCCUCUCAUUUUCCCUGUGCAGUGAAAUUUGGUGUGCAAAACAGCUCUUCUGUGAAUGCAGCAUACCUGCUGUUUGUACAACUGGAUUGCAGGGUGGUACAGCUGUUUAUAACAAUGUUUUUUUAAAUGUAGCAUUUGGCCAGUUUAUGAGAUACAUCUUGAAGCAGUAUGUAAGCUACUGCCACCACCUGACAUUCGUUCAGGGUGCUGGGCAUGUAACAGGCACAACACCAUGAAGCUACUCUGCCCCCUGCCGUUGUUUGCAAUUGUUGCUGCUUCCAAUAAUUUGCACCUUAAAAAGCUGCUGUAGUUUUACUCUUGAUCCCCGCCCCCAAUAGCACCUAGUACACAUUCUUUUACAUGAAUUGUGCAGGAAGGAACACAUUUAAAUAGUCUGAGGAAUGUAGCAAAGGAAGUCACACCUCUGCCACUGAGUGACUGCUGGUACUAGUGGUAGAAAUGAACUGCUUUUGCACAACACUAAUAUCCACUGGAUGCUGUCCAGUCUCCAUUGAACCCAUCCCUAGGCAAGUUCCAUUGAACUUUAUGGCAGUUGCAUAGAACCACUCCCAUUUAGAAAAUAGCAAACACAACAUAACAUUCUGCAUUGAUGCAGUGUUAUUUUUUUGGGGGGGGGGAGCCAAUUGAUGUAAUCUGUGAUCCUAAACCAUUGUUAUUGAGGUAAAUUUCCUUUAAAUGAAUGACUUACUUUCAAGUAAAUGGCUUUGGGAAUCUGGGCUGCAAAAGAGUGUGAAGAUAAUCAUUCCCUCUAUUCAUUUGCACAAGAUGAGCUAGCCUCCAAUAAUCUUUUUGCAAUCCUUCCCCAUUGUUGUAUCUGCUGUCUUCUCUACUCGAUAUCCCCUCUUGCCAAAAGCCAUAAGGAAAGAUUAUUCUUUUUCCUUCACUAAUAAAAUGCACCUUAUGAAUUUCAGCACUUAGAUGGGGUGGGGAGUGGGAGUACAGGGCUAGGAAGCAAAACCAAGAUGAAUAUUUUUGCAGCACUGGUGUUACAAAAAUAAUUUUAAAGUCCACAAGUAAUUAUUUCUAGGGUUUAAUAAAUAUAAUGGGCAUAAAUAAGAGACACGUAUUUUUGUACUGGGAUGGUGGCUGGUCAAUUUGCUUUUUAUAAAUACUGUAUAUAAGAGUAGAUCUUUUUUAAUGUAUUUGUUGUUGCGCUCAGUAACUCUGUAUAGUGUAUAUAUUUUAUGUCCUCAGCAAUGAGGGACUGGAUACAAGAGGACCUGCCUGAGCUAUGGGGGAAACCUACUGCCAUCUGUGAAAUUCAGGGUAAUCGGGCUGUUUCUGCAGCCUGGUGUUCAGCUGGAAGAGAAAUGGAAAGAGGAGAACACAUUUGCCAAUAAAAGUUUGGCUUGGGGUACCUAAAAAUGAUCUCACUGGUUCUAGCAUGUAGGAGGUCAUUUGAGACCUUCCAGCUUAUUUCAACAAGUUAAUCUCAACCAAGGACGUGAUCCAAAACUCAGCUGCAUUGCACUGAUGCCUACUGGGCGACCGAGCCCAGCCAAACCCAAAACACACAUUCGCCGCAGAAACCGCAUGGCUCACAGACCACAGCAUACAACCACCAGAGGUGCUUGCAGUGAGUGAGAGAGCAAUCGCAAGAGAUCUCAUGGGCUUGUGCAGGCUGUGAGCUCUUCAUGCCGGCAGUCACCCCAGAGUUGUACUGCCUUUGGGGUCACAGUCUCUGGCCUCUUAAGGGCUAAACUGCUACAUGGCCAUGCCUUUCAAUGCAAAGGUGUUGCUUGUUUUUGAACAAAUACCCAGCUUGAACCAUCUCCCCCCUGUGAUUUUAAUCUGGGUUGCAUGUGUAAUUUGCACAAUUAAAAAGCUGCUGAAGCAAAUGGGAGCUUUCCCCACGCCUCAAUGCAAAUUGAAACACAGGAGCUUUGACACGGAUCAGGACCACAAGGAGAGUGGGGUAAGUGGGUGAGAAGGCUUCCUAAUCCACAUUACUAGGAUCCUGACCAGGAACUUGUCCCCAAAACUGACAAUUUGCAUUAAGAAACACACCGAUACACCUGCAUUUAAACACGCAGCUGUGUAGCUAAAGUAAUGUGUAGUUGGGCCCCAAGAAGCAGGGAUGUGUGAGAGGAAGGUCCGUGGCUCACAACCCAGGCUCCAAGCAUGAAACACAGAAGGCAGGAAAGAAGGGGAAAUCAGCACAGCAACGGCGUGGCUUGUCAGGGACAACCUAAAAUAGUACCUUCCUGGUUCUCUUCUACCCCUUAGGCUCAGAGCAGGUUAACAACCCUUUUAAUAUUUAUUUAUUUUCUGUAACGUAGGCUGCAGGCUAGAGAGCUGUAUCACCCACUUGCUGCACCCAGAUGCCGUCUUGGUUGUUUGGGGUGCCUGGCCUGAUGAUAAUUGGAUCCGAGUGGGGUGGUGGGGACAUAGAAGUUGAACAAAUAAAUGCCCAAGGGGCCAUGGUGUUGAUGGAAAGCAAUUGUGCAUCAUCUCAGGACCCGCUUGGAGCAAGCUUCUCCUCUUUCCUGUUCUUUUCCAUGUGGGCACCCUAGCGGGUGACAACUGUCUGCCCUUCCUGUUUCCAAACUACAGGCAGGCUGUGCUGUCUAGCUCAAGGCAGGUCAGGUGUCCAUGUCUCCUCCAAACUUUUGUAAGGGAACUCAGCUGGAUGUAUCAUAGGAAGGAAUUCUGGAGAAGGAAGUUUUAUUACUUUGGGUUUUCCACCCCUUCAUGUAGGACCCUUCCACUUUCCCCAAGGGAUUCAGGGUGGGGGUGGGGAGGGGCAUAUGCGUGUGAAUCCUGCUCUGUCCGAAAUUCCGUCCUGUUUGUUGUCGUGUCCCAAGUCAAUCUCUGGAAAGAAGGGAGGAGUCUUAUCUGGAGGAGUUCCUAUUUCUGUAACAUGUACUAGGGGUCAGUUUUAAAUUAUAUGCUGAAAUUAGAUCUAUAUUUGGAAAAGAAACAAAUCUUUUUAAAAUAACAAUAAAGAAAAUGUGAAACUUCACCGAGCACUGUGUCGAUCUCUCUCUCUCUCUCUCUC